CUUAAGGAAAAGACCCCAACUCAAAACUGGACAGUUUGCAGAGUGAACUCGGGCACCAGCCUGCCUAGCACUGAGUCCCGACUCUGUUACUAGCAAAGUAAGGCCAAGGAACUGCUCAACCUCUCUGACCUCCUCUAGGAGCUGCCCUCCCUUGAGUCCAUCAUGAACUGGAGCAUCUUUGAGGGGCUCCUAAGUGGGGUCAACAAGUACUCCACAGCCUUUGGUCGCAUCUGGCUGUCCCUGGUCUUCGUCUUCCGAGUGCUGGUGUACCUGGUGACAGUCGAGCGUGUGUGGGGUGAAGACCAGAAGGAUUUUGACUGCAACACCAGGCAACCAGGCUGUACUAACGUCUGUUUCGAUGAGUUCUUCCCUGUGUCUCAUGUGCGACUCUGGGCCCUGCAGCUCAUCCUGGUCACAUGCCCCUCCCUGCUUGUGGUCAUGCAUGUGGCCUAUCGCAAAGCUCGAGAGAAGAAGUACCAAGAAGAAGUAGGCAUAGGACACCUUUACCUGUACCCUGGCAAGAAGCGGGGUGGACUCUGGUGGACGUACGUCUGCAGCCUGCUGUUCAAGGCCUGCAUAGAUGUGAUUUUCCUCUACCUGUUCCAUGCCUUCUACCCCAAAUACACCCUCCCUUCUGUGGUCAAGUGUCAUGCAGCACCGUGUCCCAACACAGUGGACUGCUUCAUCUCGAAGCCCUCAGAGAAGAACAUCUUCAUCAUCUUCAUGCUGGUCACGGCUGUCAUCUGCAUCCUGCUUAACAUUGUGGAGUUGGCCUACCUGGUGAUAAAGCGGUGUUCUGAGUGCAUGGCUUCGAAGCGAGCACUCGCUGCACACCCGGAGCACGGCCCAGGCUGGGUCAGCUCUCCAGGCAAACAGAAGGACCUCCUAGCAGGCGAUCUCAUCUUUCUGGGCUCAGACUCUCACCCACCACUCUUACCAGACCGUCCCCGUGCCCAUGUGAAGAAAACCAUCCUAUAAAGGGUCCCUAGGCUAGACUGGCAGGGUGGGUAUGAACUGGAAGGUUCCAGUGUCUCUCAUGGGUGUAUCUGGUGGGGAGAAGA